AUCACCAUUUCCCUCCUCUCUACCUCCCACCACCACCACCAACAACCAUUCCCUCACUCCAAUACCAUUCCAGCUCUCUCCCUCCCCCUCCCUCCUCCACCAUCCCACCACCAACAACCCCUUCCACCAGGAACUGAAGCCACACCGUGGGGAGAGAGUGAGGGACUUAAGGAGGCGGCCGGCCGGCGCGGGGAUGAAACCGACAGUCAAUGCCUUGCUGAGCUGAGAAAGCGAGCACCUUCUUCUUCUAUCUCCACGGCCAAGGCAGUGCAAACCGGGCGACAACAUUCCUCGCAAGCGAAGAGUCGGCGUGUCUUCAGCAGGAAGGGGAAAAAUGGGGGAACAGCCCAUUUUCAGCACACGAGCCCAUGUCUUCCAGAUUGAUCCCACUACAAAGAAGAACUGGGUUCCCACCAGCAAACAUGCUGUGACUGUGUCCUACUUCUAUGACAGUACAAGAAAUGUCUACAGAAUAAUCAGCCUUGAUGGGUCAAAGGCAAUAAUCAACAGCACAAUUACUCCAAAUAUGACAUUUACAAAAACGUCUCAGAAGUUUGGUCAAUGGCCAGACAGCCGUGCCAAUACAGUCUAUGGUCUAGGUUUUUCCUCCGAGCACCAUCUGACAAAAUUUGCUGAGAAGUUCCAGGAAUUUAAAGAUGCAGCUCGAAUAGCAAAAGAGAAAAUGCAAGAAAAAAUGGAAUUAACCAGCACACCUUCUCAGGAGUCUGCCGGCGGUGACUUGCAGUCGCCUCUGACACCAGAGAGCAUCAAUGGGACAGAUGAUGAAAGGUCUAUUCAGGAUGUGCCACACGAGGCUGAUGCACGAGCUGAAAUUAACCAGAGUUCUCUGCCCUUCACUCACAGCACGACAAUAGGAAAGCACUGGGAGUCCGAACUGGCGACUUUAAAAUCCAACAAUGCUAAACUCACAGCAGCCCUCCUGGAAUCUACUGCCAAUGUUAAACAAUGGAAGCAGCAACUCGCUGCUUACCAGGAUGAGGCAGAACGACUACACAAAAGAGUUUCAGAACUUGAAUGUCUAAGUGGGCAGGCAAAUGUACUCAAGACACACAAAACAGAAUUGAACAGAACAAUAGAAGAACUCGAGGCACAAAUGAAAGACAAAGAAGAGGAAAUUGAGCGGCUAAAGAAAGAUAUUGAAGGAGCGAGGGAGUUGGAGGCACAGAGGGACACACUGUCACAACAAUUACAGGAAGUAGAAAGCCGUAACCGAGACCUGGUGGAACAGUUGGCCGACUUUGAACAUCGCCUGGAGAAGAGCCAGAACGAGCAAGGGGUCUUCCGCAAUAACUUAAAAACACUUCUAGAAAUCCUAGACGGAAAAAUAUUUGAACUAACGGAAUUACGAGAUAAUUUGGCAAAGUUGAUAGAAGGUAGCUAAAACAAGAAUCUCGACAUCAGCAUUGUCAUCCUGAUACAGUACACAUAAAUGCCAGAUUGAAAUCUUCCUUUCUUUCCAGUGGAAGGUGGUGGAAUACUGUAGGCUCCCUGUAGCAACUUAUAAUGGCAUUAGAUGUGCUUUGCACUCUUUAUUUAGUGUUUUAUAUCCAUUAUUAAGGAGGAGCAAGUACAUAAAGUCUAAUUAUAAAUGAACAUUUUCCCAUAUUAUUUCCUCUUUGAUGCUCGUCAAGAAUUUUGUACAUUUAAUUUUUAAAAUUCCCAAUAUUUCAGGAGACUGCAUCAAAAUGUACUCGAGACAACCUGUAUAUAUAUAUAUAUAUAGAUAUAUAUAUCAUAAACCUUUCCAAGUUGUCUAUGUAUAUAUAUAUAUAUAUAUAUAUAUAUAUAUAUAUAUAAAAUUGAAGCCUUUUAAAUGCAAACAAAUGGAUUUUACUGAAUGAAGGAGACAGUAUCCCUUUCUCUAUGCAGUUAUGUAAAAGCUGUCAAUGGUAACAUCCACUUGGAUCUUAACCAAGUUUAAUUCAUUUUUGCUGUCACAUUAUUAUAACAGUGAAAAAUGAUGCACUGAUAGAUGCAUUUAUUUACGGGCUCCAAAGAGAUUCUUUAUAAGAAUUUUACGACUUAUUAAGAACACUAAUUAGUUCUCUAAGAAGGCUAAGAAAUGCUUGAAUGUGGUAUAUACUUUGAUUCUGAGAUGCACUUGUGCAAAUUGAUAAGAGGGAUGAUGUCUCUUUAAAUUGAAUAAACAUGUAAGUUUGUUAUAUCUAUUGUUCUUUAUGAAACAUAUGCAUUGUGUUUUUUCCAAAGUAGUGCUAAUACACUAACCAUACGUGAAUCCUGAAGUAAAUUUAUCAAAAUCUAAGAAAUAUUGGGCAGGCAUCAAUUUUUAAGAUGUGUACUAUAUAGCAAUAAUCAAUUGCCAUUAUCAGUUUUAAGUAUGUGUUUUAUUCAGAGUAUCAUUUUUUAUUGUGCAUUUACGAAAUUUCUAGGUGUGUAAGCAAACCUAAAUAAUGGUUAAUUGGUUAUUUACCAUGAUAUUAUGAGAAAUGGUGCAUUUUGGUUAGGGAUUAUGAAGCUGCUUGCACCUUGGAAGAGAACAUGCAUUUUUUUUUAAAUGAAACUCUAGUUUCAGCAUAGGUGCUGUACAGGUCUGAAGUUUCAUUCACUGAAGACUCCAAUAAAUAGCUGACUUCAAAAAGAAAAUAAGUGGAGGGUACAGGUGAGAAACCUAUCUACUGUAUAAGUUGCAAAGCUAUGGUGGUUUAUAGUGUACCUUUAUAGAUCUAAAAUCAUACGGUAGUAUUGAAAUGCUACACAUUUUUAAUGUUUAUUGAGCUCCCGGAGAACAUGUACCUGUCUUUUAUCACAGCCUGUAAACUAUUGGAAAUGUUGAUUGAUGUUGCAAUAAUUGGCAGACUAGAUGAGACAACAUUAACAUGGUUUAUUAAGAGGUGCUUCUGCUGCAAAUUGUUUGCAACGGAAAAAGGAACCAUGACAAUGGCUAUAUAAUGAUUGUAUUGAGGAACCAUAAAGCCAAGUUGGUGAACAGAAACACAAAUGUAACCUUCAACAUGUUGACGCUGCUAGAGUAGUCUAGAAUAGAUCUUGAUCAAGCCUGCUGAUGAGAUAUAUAUAUGACAUAAUGAACAAAUGAAUGUUUAUUUAAGAAAUGUUUAAAGGACAAUUGUACAGAUUUCCUAAUACUGCAGUAAAGCAAUGUAAGAUAUUAUUUUCUGAGAAUUAAUACUUUCUCAGUCCCAAUCGAGGUUUGGCGGAGUUUACCAAAGCUAUAGGUUUGGCUGGAAGAGAAAUGAACAUUUCGCACUUGACUGGACACUGGAUAGUUGCCAGAUGAGCAUGGACUUCAAAUGGAAAGAAUAUAUACUCCAUAAAGGUUGAACCUCCUGCAGCAAGAGUAAAGAACUGGGGAGAUAACCAUCAAGAGUUUUUGGAUAUAUAGUGGCCUGCAGCAGAUUCAGGACAGGUCUCACUUCUGGAUCACCCAUGCAUUUUUAAACAAAAGCAACUGGGAAUUAUACCAGCUGGUCCACGUACUGAUAGGGAUGCUGUGCCCAGGUUAGGAAAAGUAUGUUGCUUUAUAUACAAACCGGUCACAGGUAAACUUGCCCUCAGUUGAGAAAACGGAAUAUUCACCUGCCCGCUAAUGAGUCUUGGAGAAUUGUGUCAUCUUUCAUAUGCUCAUAGAGCAGGGGUCAGAUCUGUUUCUCGUGUUUUUAAAGUUUAUUGUUACACUGGGCUCAGGAAAUGUAAUAGAGUCUUGACCCCAUACUGCAUGCUUGUGAAACAGGGGUUACUACAUGUUGCAAGAAAUAGAUGGUGCUCAGUUUUAUGUGGCAAGUUGGAACAAGAUUUGAUCAAGGAAAAGGAAACUGCAGCUUAUUUGUACUUUGUUAUUGUUUUAUUAAUGAACUUAAAUUAAAUACUUUCGAUUGAUUUUCAUAAGAUAACACCAAUAGUAUUUAGAUUUUAUUUUUUGGAGUAUGUUAUGUAAUAUUAUUAAGUCUGUAAAAACACUUCUGUUGUUUUCAGAAGGAAGACAUGCUCGAUCAAAGCUGGUUAAUAUUGGUGGCUUGGUAAAAGUGGUGUCCAUUUUUUUUUUCCUUUGCCAAACAGUUUGGUCUAAAUUAAACUGAACAAUCCUCUUUUUCUUCCUUUUCGGUGUUCAGUAGUAGUCCAAACAUUGGUGUUAUAAACCACAAGCACACCUGCAGUUUUACACUUCCACAACAAUCUAUUUCUACCAUUUUAAGCCAACCUUCUGCAGUUACAAUUUGAGCCUAUAUUUUGAAAGAAGGCAAAGUUAACAUUAUUUAUGAUGGGUGAAAUACAAUUGUGUCUCGGGCUGGUAGCAUCCUAUUACUUGUGUUACCAAAUUGCAUGUUGAAUCUUUGAAUUAAAUGGGUGUAAUGCUUUGACAAUUCUAUAACAAUGAUGGCUUAGAAUCGGACAUGAGGACAGAGGUUUAGAAGCACUUGAAUGAUGUACCUUGAGCUUUCAAGUCCACUAUUCUAGUGGAGAACAGGUGGGGUUCUGGUUUACAAGUGGGUACAAAUCUACUCGAGUGUAUAUUAUAGAGCCGUCCUGUUCCAAGCAUGCUAAGUAUGGUGGCUCAAUGCUCUAGGCUAUUCUGUUAUGCCGCUGUUUGGGUAUAACUACUGUCUCCAACACUAAAUGUAGCUGGACAACAGCAGUGCCAGAAUUGACAAACCCAGUGUCCUUUUUACAGAAACUGUCAGUGAUUCUUUUUUAUAUGUGAAUGUCUUUCCAAAUAUGGAGUCAUUGGUUUAUUGCAAUACUGUAAUAUUCUUAUGGUGUGUCUUAAGGUGGAUUUUAUUCUUUUAGAAUCCAUGUAAGCCCUUGUGCCAAAAGAAUCUGUUUGUACUGUAUUAAAAACUGCAACAUUGCAGACU